AUGGACGUACAUGAUGGAAGCAUAAGGAACUUACUUAAUGCUAACAAUAACUUACCAGGAACUAUUAAAGCAUUUAUAAAGUCCUUUGUAAAACCUGGUGCUCUAACAUUUAGGUCUUUGAGAGCAAGAGCAUUGAAGUCAAGAGAUGCAGAAACUCCAACAGAACCUACAGAAGGAACUGAAACAACAGAAACUCCAGAAGAACCACCAAAACCAACAGCUAAUGAAAUAUUGUUCGAAUAUUUUCCAAGGUACUCUGUUCUCAUUGCAUACAUUCAAGAAAUACUUAAGAAAGCAGACUUGACUUUAGGAGAUGAUGAAAGUUCUGUAUAUCUUUCGUUCCAGUUUCAAAUAGCAGAACUUUUGAGACAGAUAUGCUUAAUGUAUGACAACAUCUCUGAUUUCACAAGAUAUGAUGACGACCAUGACCCCGAACACGGUGAAGAAGAAGUUUUACAAACAUCCAUUAAGACAGGAAAGGUUUUAACUCAAAGUCUCAUUAUUGACACCAAAGAUGGCGAAGUGGACGUUCUUCAAGAGCUGAAGAAAAAUACUUCUUCGGGAGGUGGUGGUAGGCAUGAACUUGAAAUAAAUGAGAUAGAAGAGAAAUUAGUCGAAAAAGCAGAUAAAAACCAUGUUCAUUAUAUAAGUUCAGAUGAACAGAUUAUAACGGACUAUCAUGGAUAUUUAACACAGGAUGAAAAAGUGAAGACGGAAGAUGUUAAUGAAAGAAGAUAUAAAUUCAUUCGUGCUAAAGGUUAUGACAUAAGCUGUACUGUACAGUAUGACACAGGUAAAGCACAAGAAGCAUUUGGUUAUAACGAUGAAAUUUAUGCUUCUAGUUUCUCUGUUAACGGUGUAUUAGUUGAACCAAGAUUUACAUUGAGAGUUAAGGCAAAAAUAACUUUUGAAGAUGCUAUUAAAAGUAAAGCUGACAAAGAUGAACUUGACGCAAUGAACAAAGUUUUGAAAUCUCAUAAACACAACAUCUCCGAUAUAAAUGAACUUCAAGCUACAUUAGACAGUAAAGCCGACAAGAACCAUACACAUGAAUCCUUCACUACUGUUAGAGCAGACGACAUAAUAUUGAACUAUACCCUUGGUUCAAGUGCACCUUUAGAGAAUCCAAGUACAAGCGUAAAAGAUACACUAAACUCCUUAAAUAGUAAAUGUAUGAACAUUGAAGGUCAUGUCAGAAACUUUGAAACAUAUGAACUACCAGCAAUGUUAGAUAAAAAAGCAGAUAAAGAACAUACACAUAACUCCUUCUCAACUGUUGCUAUAGAAAGUAUUGAAGGAACGGUUGGCGGAACUGGUGGGGAUGCAUUAUAUUAUAAACCUCCUAACUUUCCACAAGGUUUAACAUCGAAUGAAAACAUAACAACGAAGAAAGAAAUUAGCUGUAAAAAUGUUUAUGUCAUGGAUGAUGAAAAUAAUGUUAAAUUCACUGCUCAAGAUUUAUAUGAUAAGAAAGCAGACAAAACAGAGCUUCAAACAUUAAAGACUGAAAUACUUCAAACAUUAUAUCCUAUAGGCUCUAUUUAUACGUCAAUGAACUCAACAAAUCCAGAAACAGUUUUAGGUUUUGGUACGUGGAAGCAGAUUGUAGAUAAAUUCUUAUACUGUGCUAGAUAUUCAAAGCAAACAGGAGGUUCGAAGAAAAUUAAAGAAGCAAACCUUCCACCGCACACUCAUACAGGAACGACAAACUUUUCUGGCGACCAUAGCCACUCAUUAAGAGACCACCCAUUAUACAACUCAGAGUAUGAAGCCGGUCAUGAUGUUUUAUCUCCAUCUUAUAACAAUUCAGCAAAAAAGACUUUUCGACCAACUGAACCAGGAGGAAAUCAUUCACACACUUUCACAACAAAUCCAACAGGCUCGGGUGCAGAUUAUAUGUCACCAUUUGUGACUAUAUUCGCAUGGUACCGCGUUCAAUGA